UUAGAGGUAUCUGAGUCUCAUCACUAGUUGGGGAGGCCGCAGAUGGAUUGGGAAGAGACAGUGAGGAAGGCGGAGGAGUUGGUCGUGAAAUCCAUGAAAGGCAAUGACGCAUCACACGACCCAUCCCACGUUUGGAGGGUCAGAGACCUCGCGCUCUCUCUUGCUCGCCAAGAACAAGUCCUCUCCUCCAACCCCGACUCCAUGCACAUUGUAGAACUUGCUGCACUCCUCCAUGAUAUAGGUGAUUAUAAAUACUUGAGAGAUCCUUCGGAGGAGAAACUUGUUGAGAACUUUCUUAAUGACUCGGGUAUAGAGGAGAGUAAGAAAACAAAGAUUAUAAAGAUCAUUAACGGAAUGGGGUUUAAAGAUGAGCUCGCGGGGCUGACAAAUAGUGAUCUUCCUCCAGAAUUUGGGGUUGUACAAGAUGCUGAUCGUCUUGAUGCAAUUGGUGCUAUAGGAAUUGCUCGUUGCUUUACUUUUGGCGGAAGUAGGAAUAGAGUGCUACAUGAUCCUAACAUUCAGCCACGAUCUGAUUUAUCCAAGGAAAAGUACAUGAAAAAAGAGGAGCAAACUACUGUGAAUCACUUUCAUGAGAAGCUUCUCAAGCUAAAGGAUCUGAUGAAAACAGAGGCUGGGCGGAAGAGAGCUGAGAAAAGGCACAAGUUCAUGGAGGAGUUUCUUGUGGAGUUUUAUGAAGAGUGGGAUGGGAGAUCUUGAAUGAGGGCAUAUUCAACACGUAUUGCUGGAUCUUAUGCUACAACCGUGGAGUCUGUUAUACAUAAAAA